AUUAAAUGGAAAAUUUUUUAAGAUUUCAAAAUUUUUAUAUUUGACAGCUAAUCAUAUGAUAGUGUUUAUGUGUGUUUUUUGCUAAAAAGCUCGCAUUGUGUCACAAUGCCGGCGUUCAGUGAAGAAAACCGCUCAGUAGCAAUCGAACGUGAUUGGCUCUUACUUUCAGAACUAACAAAUCAACAUCGAGUGUUGACAAGACGAUAACUGAGCGCUUCUCUGCUGAACACAACCAGUCUCUCCUAACAAUACUAUGCUGGCCAAUCACAGCCAUUUCACUUUUUAAAGGAAUGGCUAUGAUUGGUCAGUUUAUUAUUCAGUACGUAUUAAAAUAUAUCGGCGUAAAACUAGUAGCAUUUUCGAGUGAAGCAAGGUUUGAUUGCUCUGAGAGUAAUUAAAUUCAAUUUUCCAUGAACAUAUAUAUGUUUGAUCGAAAAUGAGUUUUGAAUGUGAUUAAUAGAAAUAAGUAUAUCCCUAAUAACCCAAGUGUUUAUAAUGUCAUUAAUCGCUCUCGGAGCGAUCAAAUUUGCUUCAUUCGAAAACGCUAUAUAUUUUACUUUCUUCAUCAAGUUAUUCGAUUUUAAUUUACAGGGUACCUCCAACUAUAUAAUUUAUAUGAUAUAUGUCUAUGGUGUAAAUGGAGAGUAAAACUUAUUUGUAAUCGACAAGAGGAAGAGAGAGCUCUUGCAAACAUAGCGAAAAAAAAAUUUUAAAGAAUUUAUUCUCAUGAAAAUUGAUUCACCAGAAGAUAUAUAGGAACAGAAACUAUCUCUCGACAUAAAUAUUAUGCAUUUCCCAUAUUUAUCUUGUCAUGUGUCUAAUUCAUGUGUUUUUCAAGGCAUUUCUGUCCUCGUAUAUUCUCGCAAACAUACAUUACACACACGCACAUGGCAUCAAUUCUCUUUCUCUCUCUCUCUCUGUAUGUGCGCGCGCGCGUGCGUGUGUGAGCGAAAUGCGGUAAUCGCACGGGCUCCCUCGUGAUUUGCAAUUAAUUAAAAUAUCGGGGAAAUGCAUUAAGGAAGUAAUUCCUCCGUACGUCAUCGCAUAAAUCGCUGAUGACUCGGCCAUAUGAUAAAUUACUCCGAAAAAAAAAAAAAAGGUGUCGAGUCGCCUGGCUGUUGCGAUACUUACUGGCUGCGUAUAGGAAUGUGGCAUUUCAAAAUGGCUGCCACGGCUAUUCUAGUAAUUUACAGCCUUAGUAAUCUGCCUUUGUUGUCGCGCGUGUGAAUCGUGCGAAUUCUCGCGAGGCACCCGCGAGGAACCCCGAAGUCAGAGCGACCGACCGAUGUACACACGCAGAUACGAUGAUGUAUGCACGCAUACGCGUACGCGUGUGUAUGUGUCGUUCAUCUGUCUCUGCCUGUUAGCUCGACUGAGCUCGACUUGAUCGCUCGUACACUCUCGCUCCUGGUGGUGAGCACCAGGGGAUUUAGCGCGUUUUUAUACUCGUGUCGCUGACGUGACGUUCUUCGUCUACCUCGCCUGUCACACUCUGCUCGCCAAAAGCGACGGUGGGAAACGUGGGGAAGCGCCACGGGAAUAUGCUCGGGACGGCUGCUGUCACCAUUGUCGCCCCAUCAGGAGAGCCCCGUCCCGUGGGAUCUCGGCGGCUCGUUAUUGUCACGUUGUAGCAUCUCAGGUGCGUUGACAAACGCGUGCGGCAUUAAGCUCGUCUCCAUUUAUCACGGUUUUUAACCAGUUUAAGUAGUAUGCCUGGAGAUAGGUUAGUUACUUAUCAAUCGCUCACUCGCAUGGCAUGAGGAUGCCAAGGAGCGGCUAUGCGAAAUAUGCCUGAUGUGCCUUCCGAUUCUCUGCCAAUCUCACGGAGCGGACGACCAAGCGAGAUUGUUUUCUACGACGGUGUGAAGAAUACUAAGCUCGAUGGGUCGACCUUGCGUUCUUCGUCCACGUUUUUUAUACAUCUGACAAAUAUAUCUCGUUUCUUCGUGAUUCGUAUUAUUGUGAUACACGUUGUGUUAUACAUGAUUCGAGCGGCAGUGAUCCCCGAGUCCUUGAGCGUGUUUUGAACUCAACUAGCUGUCCUAGCUAGAGAACUGUCGCCAGUCAUGACACUGGAAAGUAUCCGCGACAGGAUAAAUUAGCAGUGAUCUGUAUUCUAUACGUUUAUAUAUGCCACAACCGGAUUAAAGCUAGGUCCUAAAGGGCCUAGCAUGGGCCACUAUGAAUCCACCUGUGGUCAACAAAUCGAGCACUCGCGGCUCUGGAUACCACCAAAAGGCAUUAGCUGAGAUUCGCAAUUCGUUACUACCAUUUGCGAAUAUCGGCGGGAUUGGAGAGGUGGGUUCCAGUGCCGCUAGCACUAUCUCUACUGUAUCCACGACUAGUGGCAUUAGCUCCGCCUCGGGUCUUAGCGGGCUCUCCGGCGCCUCUGGUUCCACUGUUGAUAAACCGGAUCAGCGACAGGCAUUGGGACAAUUAUUAGCCAUGGGAUAUUCGGAGGAAAUAGGAUUACGCGCCAUGAAAUUUGCGGGAUGGCGAUUAGAUGCAGCGAUAGAGUACUUGAAACAGACUCAAGGGGAAUCUCUGAAUGGGCUUGGUAAGCUCAAUAGCAAACUCAUUAGGAAACCGAGUCUUGAAAGGGAAUUAAGUUUGCAACGCGGCAGUCCCGCGUUGGACAGCGGGGCGGGCAGCUCGCGAUCCGAUAGUCCGCGACUCACGGAACUUAGCACGCAUCCGCAGUUGAGCCGCCAAUACUCGCCCAAUAACUUUGUGGAACGUGAACCACCGCCACCUCCGCCGCCUCGAUGUAGUUCCACGCCACCGCCACCGCCACCGCCUCACGCGCCAUAUAGUCAGCCUAAUGUGCCCACCAACAUGCAACAAAUGCUCAAGCGAAUGUCACCUGCGCCGGUCGUGCCGACGAGACCGGCAGUGACGACAUCCAACACGGUCGGUGCUACGUCAGCGUCAGUGAAUCCGCCACAGCGCGGUACUAGUCCGGUGGCAAGCGUUAACAAUUCUGGCAGUCGUCAGCCAAUGAUCGUGCAAAAUGGUCCUCAAGUACAACAGCAAUUAACGCAGCAGAUGCAGGCGCUUAGCAUUUAUCAAACGAGCAACAGUAAUACGAGUACCCAGAUUGAACCUCCGCCACCUUAUCCCAUAGUUCCAUCCUCAUCCGCCGGUCAACCAGUGCAACCGCCUUCUUACAGUGUUUCUAUGCAGAAUCGGCAAAGUCCCACACAGUCGCAACAAGAUUACCGUAAGAGCCCGUCGUCUGGCAUCUACUCAGGUCCAACGUCGGCUGGUACGCCCAGUCCUAUCACCGUGUCUACGAUAUCGCCCAAUAAUACGCAGACGUCGAUGGCACGACCGACGCCGUUGCAAGCGUGGGGCGCGCGGCAGGCUAAAACACAACCGCCGAUCAUCAUGCAGUCAGUGAAAAGUACACAAGUGCAGAAACCCGUAUUGCAGACCGCUAUCGCGCCCACAGCACCACAGCCGAUUUCUACUACCAACAACACACCACCACCGCCUCCUUCUUACGCAUCAUCUAUGCAACAGAAACAACAGCAACAACCACUGCCUGCUUAUCCACCCGUGAACAAUGUCGUCGCGCCGCCUACUAAUAUACCGACAACAGAACCGCCAAGUUAUGCCACGACGAUGCAGGCAUUAGCGGCACAACGCGGUAUACAUCAUCCGUUGCCGCCGCCACCUUACAGCACUCCCACUGAAGACACAUCAAUUAUAUCUUCUACAAUAGAGAGCGGCAGUGCGCCGCGAUCAUCCCCAAUUGCCCAUCAUCCGCCACUUCAGAGGAAAUAUUCGCCGGUCGACAAUUGUCAACACAUGGAUGUACCAUCCCUACCGCCGGUUGCCUCGACCUCAAUGUCUGUAAGAAACAAUAAUAAUCAUUCGUCUUUGCCUGAGGCCGCUGCCGUCGCCGCUGGUAGCAAAGGUAGUGGCAACGCUAAAGGUGAUCAUAGCGGUAACUCACCUUUAUCCUACAAAAUCAAGCAUCAAUCUCCUAUACCUGAGCGCAAAACCAUGAGCAUAGAAAAGGAAGAGGAACGCAGGGAUUGCAAAGUGAGAAACUAUUCUCCUCAGGCUUUCAAGUUUUUCAUGGAGCAGCACGUAGAAAAUAUACUCAAAUCGCAUAAACAACGCCUCUAUCGACGUAUGCAGCUAGAGACGGAGAUGGCGAAGAUCGGUCUAAGUGCGGAAGCACAGUGUAUGAUGAGGAAGAUGUUGUCGCAGAAAGAAUCUAAUUACAUCAGAUUAAAACGGGCGAAGAUGGACAAGUCGAUGUUCACCAAGAUCAAACCGAUCGGCGUCGGCGCAUUCGGUGAAGUCACGCUCGUUAGGAAGCUCGACACCAAUCAGUUCUACGCAAUGAAAACCUUACGUAAAGCCGAUGUGUUGAAUCGUAAUCAAGUUGCUCACGUGAAAGCCGAGCGUGAUAUAUUGGCAGAAGCUGACAAUGAAUGGGUCGUCAAACUCUAUUACUCGUUCCAGGACAAAGAUAAUCUGUACUUUGUGAUGGAUUACAUACCCGGCGGGGACUUGAUGUCCCUAUUGAUUAAGCUUGGCAUCUUCAAGGAGCCAUUGGCAAGAUUCUACAUCGCCGAGCUCACAUGUGCAGUUGAGAGCGUUCACAAAAUGGGAUUUAUUCACAGGGACAUUAAACCGGACAAUAUCUUAAUUGAUCGUGACGGACAUAUCAAACUGACCGAUUUCGGUCUCUGCACGGGAUUCCGUUGGACUCACAACUCUAAAUAUUACCAACAAAACGGUCAUGGUAAGCAAGAUUCGAUGGAUCCAGCUGACGAUUGGAACAACGAAUGUCAGUGCAUACAAUUGAAGCCAUUAGAACGUAGGCGACACAGAGAACAUCAAAGAUGUUUGGCGCAUUCUCUGGUCGGAACACCGAAUUAUAUUGCGCCAGAGGUUCUACAGCGUACAGGAUACACCCAGUUAUGCGAUUGGUGGAGUGUAGGAGUAAUUUUGUAUGAAAUGUUGGUUGGUUCUCCACCAUUUCUUGCCAAUACGCCCGCUGAAACUCAAUAUAAGGUCAUUAAUUGGGAAACGACGCUUCAUAUACCGAAACAGGCUAAUCUAUCGCCAGAAAGUAUGGAUUUAAUACUAAAACUCUGUGUUGGUGCGGAUCGUCGGUUGGGUAAAAAUGCGAAUGAAGUUAAGAAUCAUCCGUUCUUUGCAAAUAUCGACUUCGAGAAAGGAUUACGACGCCAAAUGGCUCCACAUAUACCUCGUAUAGAAUAUCCGACCGACACGAGUAAUUUUGAUCCCGUUGAUCCUGACAAGUUGCGCAAUUCAGAGUCGUCGGAUUCAAACAAAUCAGAUGAGUUACUGGACAACGGAAAGCCAUUUCAUGGCUUCUUCGAGUUCACAUUCAGACGUUUUUUCGAUGACGGUGGUGGUCCUGCGUAUCCUAGUCGAAUCAGUUUGGAUGACAACGAUAAUCAAGGUCCUGUUUACGUAUGACAUUAGGCUAAGCUUAUGAUUUAUGAUCACUUUGCUGCCUAUUAUUUUCUCGUUUAAUACUUCUCUGUCGUCAUUCUUUCCGUUCGAUAUUUUAUAAUUCAAGAUAAUUUACCGUUCAUGACUAUUUUCUCUUUUAGACACAUUUUACUGUACUUCGCCAUAUAUACGAUGGUUUUCUAUUGGACAUUUAAGACACAAUACUAUUCUGGCAACAGGUAAAGCCAUGUUUUUAUGACAAAUGACGAUUACAGAAUGUAUUACGAGGGGAAGUUAGAGAAUAUCUCUAUUUAAUUAUCAAUCUUGUACUGCAUGUAGUGGGAUGAUUUAUGUCAUAUCAGGCAAGAACCAUGUCACUAUAUGCAAUGUAAGGUUGGCAAUUAAAUAGAGAAUUUCUUUCUAACUUCCCCUCAUAAUAUAAACCCUCUAAUCGACAUCUGUCAUAAAAAUAUGACUCUACCUAUUAAGAAAGUAGUAUUGUAUCUUAAAUUAAUUAAAUUAAUUGUGUCUAUAAUUAAAUAGGAAACCUUAAUUUCUGACUUUUCCUUGUAUAUGCAAGGAACAUCAAUAAUUCCUUCAUUUUUGAAUUCGGCAUUCUUGGGUUGAACACAUCAUUUAGUUGUUUGCACAUCAUGACCAUUGGCUCUGACAAGAAUCAGAAAAUUGGUAAUGAAAAGUUCGAUAGGUGUCUGACCUAUUAACAUUAAAUAUAAGACUAACAGAAUGUAAUAUAAUUUGUUUCUCAUUUUCUAUUUAAUGAUAACAUUGCCGAUUUUUCUUAUUGUUAGAGCUAAUAAUCAUGAUGCAUGAGUAUCUACAUAUUAUUUGUCUGAUUCAAAAAUGUCACAAGUGGAAAACAUUAUUGGUGCCUUUUUUGUACAUAUAUAAAUAUGUAUACUAUAUUCUGUACAUAUGUACAUAUAUAAUAGUACAUACAUAAAUAUAUGUAUGUAUGUACAUAUAUUUCAUUAAUGCCUUAGUAUUUUUUAAGAUUGCAUUUUUGUGGUCGGAUGUAAUGUGUCUAAAUAUUCGUGCAUCAUGACUCAGUUUAGUCGGAUAGUUUAACAUUUAUAAGUGUUUUAUAUUUCUACAAAAUUAAACAUAAGAUUACAUGAUAAAAUAAUUAAUGCAAUAUUACAUUAAUUAAUAAAAACGUAGUUUUGAAUUAUUUAAUUACGCAUCUAUAUAUUCAUAAUUAUCUAAUUAUGAAUAAUUAGUUACAUUACAAUGCAUGAAUAUCUGGAUUGAUCAAAAAAUAACUUUCCCAAAGAAAUUCCAGAAGUAUUGAGGCAUUAAUAUGUGCUGCGCACUAGCAGUCAAUCAGCAUGUCUAACAAAUCUAUUAUACGGGAUGGAUCACUAAAGAUGUUACAGGCUAUUAUUUCUGAAAUUGAAUGAAAUAAACUAAUAAAGGCUCUAAAAUUGAACGAGAUAUGAAAUUUUCCAACGUUUGGUAUCAAAGUGGACAUUCGACGUAAAAAUGGAACUUCGCAUUGCAAUUAACAUGCGAAAUUAAUGUGUAGGCAGAUUUUAUAUCUCGUUCAGUUUCAGAAAUAUUAGCCUGUAACAUCUUUAGUGAUCCACCCUGUAUAACAAAUUUACUGAAUUUAAUACAAAUUGGAAGAAGUUCUGAUGCACCAAAUGUUAUUCGAAGGGGAUAGUGACAUGGAAAUCUUUGUCUCUUUCUGUACAGAUUAGGAAGAAAGUUUACCUUACGUUCUACAAAGACAAAUAAUCUUGGUUUGCUUAAAUUUAGUGAACCCUGAUUAAAUUUUUAACAGGACUUACAUACAAAGUUUUCAAUACACAUAUGCUUAAAGAACAAAAAUAUCUUUUGAGAUUCUCGGAUUUUUUUCUCUAUAUGAGUUAUAUAAGGAAGAGUUCUUUUUAAAUUGUAUUGAAUUCAGUAAGAGAAAGUGAUCUGAAUGAAAGACUCUUUCCGAGUCAUUGUUUUUUAAGUACAUGUAAAUUGAAAGCUUUAUACAAGCCUUGUUAAAAGUUUAGUGAGUGUUAUUAUAAGGAAAAACAUCAGACUUAUAUAAUAGACUGAACAUUCUUAUGUGACAGUUAAGGGAACAAAGUUGUUCGAUAAAAUUGAUGGACAGAAAUAUACAAGAUGCUUUCUUUAUUACAUAAUGCUCUGAUAAGGGGCGAUAUAAAGGAACCAGAAAAAUAAGAGUGUGAGGCAACUAUUUCUUUUCUUUCUUUCUCUACACCAAUUGCACAAUUAGACAAGGAAAGCAUCUUAUUUUCUAUUGUUUUUUCUUACUAAUGUUGUCUUUAAGCUUCAAAUGGAAGCGCUCGAUCUAUUUACAUAAGUCUACAGUAAACACGAACUUAUAACAUCCGUAAGACAUAAGAUUUCUGAUUGUACUAAAAGAGACAAUGGCUGCAUUCAGUAGAAGUGCUUAAAUGCUACAAUUUUAAUAUGUCCUAAAGAGGAUCGCAAUCUAGUAAAGAAAAAAAUGCUGUGUAAUGCAUUGCAACAAUUAGAAGGACGUUGUUUUGCGAUAUAUUAAUAAUGAUAGUAGAGUAAGAUCUUACCUUUAUGAAUAUAAUAGUCUCAUUAAUUUUCACCUUCUAGAACGUGGAAAAUUUUUGUAAAACAAAAAUUAACGAGUAUCCUCUUCAAAGUGCGAGCUGCCCAAUUGCCGUUCUGCCAGAAUAAAAAUCCUUAAUAUUAUUUAACACAUUGCACUUAAAUGCAGUGUACUUUUAAUGUAUUAGAAACAUAGGAGACUGCUGAAUAAACAUGUUGCAACUUAAUGGAGCACUUAUCGUUACAGUAUCAUUCAAUAGAAAAUUAUAAAUGAUUACAAAACAGCUACACUCGCUGAAUGCAUCCAACAGUAUCCAAUGUUGUUAUCUUUUUCUAUUUAGAGUGCCAAAGCUCUUGUUAAUAUACAUAGGGUACUUUUCAUUUAUAUAACACUCGUGCUAAUUCAAAUUGAUAAUUCCAAUGAUAAAUGAAACGCAUAAUUCACUGCGAAAACAGAAUUAAUCGGAGUUUUGUGUCAUUGACACUACAGACUUCUUUAUAUGAUACUAGACCGCUAACAGCGAUACUAAAGAUAAUAUGCAAGCUAUAUCUAAAUUGAGCGGAAUAUAUAAGUUGAAUUAAUAUCAUACUUCUACUAGGAUCAAAAAGUAAGAUUCCCUAUUUUAUUAUGGCUUUUAUUUACCACUUAUGCACAAAUUGGAUUUAUAUAGUUAAAAUAUAAGUUAAUGACUAUUUUUCAAUAUAGUCUUUUGAAAAGGUUGAUGUACACUUAUCCCAUCUGACAUGAGUUUAAAGAUUCCCUCUCGGUAAAAAUCCGGCUCUUGAUGUUUAAACCAGUUUCGAAUAGCAUUCUAUAUCGCUGCAUCAUUUUGAAAUCUUUUUUUUCCAAGAUAUUUCUUCAGCGGCUCAAACAAAUGAAAAUCGGAAGGAGCCAGAUCCGGGCUGUAGGAAAAAUGCUUCAUAAAAUGUUCCAAUCAAAAGUUCCUGAGUUCGAUGUGCAGAAUGAGAUCUGGCAUUAUCGUGAAAAAAAUUCAUAAGGACUGGGUUUCUCUAAAAAGAAGACCGGACCUCUUCCUUCGAAUUGCCUCCUUAAUGAUGCAGCAGUACUUAAUGCUGUUCAAGAAUGAUUUAAACAUUAAGAGCCGGAUUUUUACCGAGAGGGACUCUUCCCACUCUAGCCAAGAUAUGGCUGCUCUUGCAUUGCUGUUAGCGGUCUAUUAUAAUAUAUAGAAGAUUGUGAUUUAAAUUAAAUAAAUAGAAAGCGAAAAUGAGAAACUAUAAUCUACUAACGUCACUAAGGGCCACUUCGAUCAAAUAUCGAUUAAUUUAAUAGUUAAUUAAUUUACAGAACGACCAACAUAAAAAUUUCCAACGAUAUAAUUCUCGCGUAUAUAAUAUAAUACAAAUUUUUAAAUUCUGCUUUUGGUCGCCCUAUAAGUUAAUCAACGAUUAAAUUAAUCGGACUUUGGUCGAAGUAGCCCUAAAUGGAAAAGCCUAUAGUAUUCAAUGGACAAAUGAAAUAUAAUAAUUAGUUAUUUCUGGAUAUCCUAUUAGUUACUACUUCUUUUUUAAUCUUAAUUUAUUUCGUAUUUAUUGCGUGACCAUAUGACUAUGUGUAGAAUGAAUAAGUGAAUGGCACAAAAAAGUUUUUUGAAAACUUACCGUGCUAGAUACGUAUAGUUAUUCGUGUUUUUUUUAAUUUGCUUUCUUAAUUUACACAAUGGGCUGCGGUCGGGAAAACGCUGGAAAUGCUUCGAAGCAUUGCAUUAAUCAAUCAGGAUAAAAAAAAUCUGUAUUUUUUGUUUUGAUUAGCCAAUCAAACGCUUCGAAGCAUCUCUAGCAUCUUCCCGAUCGCAGGCAUAAUCACGCAAUAAAUGUGAAUAGUGGGAAAACGUGCAAAAAAGGGAUAACUAUUAGAGAAUCUGGAAAUAACUACUGGAAAUAGUACAGGAUUGCAUCCAUCACUCAUUAUAUUAGCUUAUUAGAAAUAUUGAAACAUAUUAGAAACAUUGAAACACUUUUAUUCCUUAUACCUUAAAUAAUCUAACCCUAACUUUAACUUAAUUUAAUCCAUAAAAAGUUAAUAGCCAAAAUUUAAAUAAAAAAAUAAAAUGUAAGAAUAGACAAACUGAGUGAGAAACUGAGAAAAAAUUGUUUAUAUACAUAUAUAUGGUAAAUAUAACUAUAUAUAAUUAUA